CUCUGGACGAUCUUUGCAUCAAUUUGUUGUACUGCGCAUGCUGCCGGGCAGACUUACUUGGACGUCAUAAACAACGGUAAUUCACAAUGCAAUGUGUGGACAGAUUGAUCACAAGACGUAUAUUGAUCUCUACCGAAUGCCGUCAAAUUCGCGAAAAUUUGCAUACAAGCUGACGUGGGAUAUUCCUUCAGCGACAGAAGACGGCAGAUACUAUACGCCACAGUCGAAUGAUGACUCUAUAUGCUUGUAUCGCCUGUUCAGAUGUCGCGUUGUCGUUGUGCCGACGAGACGACGAAAAGCGAGAUUUGUCAAAUGCCGCUACGUGUUGCCGGAGCCUUCUCCUGCAUCUCAUCAGGCGUCCAUCAUCAUCGUCGAUGAUCGUCACGGCGAUAACGUGGUGAUUUAUCACCUCUGGGACUGCCAUUGGCGAACGGUGAUGUCCGAACUCCGUUCGAUAGUCUCUAGGAUGUGGGUGCGUCUCAAAAGACUUUCGUAUUGCUUGAUGGUCUUGUUCAAGGCUGGGGAUCCUUUUCUCAGGCUAGAGCCCCCAACCAUUGAUCCUCCUGCAGCUGGUGGUGGAGCUGAACUUGCAGGCGUGAAAAUAGAAAAUCCCCUACCGAAAAGUGUAUCUAGUGCCUGGAUCGGGCAACCUAAAAACGCCACGAGUGAAGCGUGAUUUGCAGACACACCCCUCGACCUCACCGUCAACCACGAACAACAUCAUCCUCUAUAAACCAGGUACAAAGUCCCGGACGACCUUCGAGAGAUACGAUAUCGACCAUCGCUGUUCCAG